AUGGCGCACAAGAACCCGCCACCCGCUGUCGAGCCGCCCACAGAGCUGUCGGCCUCGAGCUCCCGCCUCGCACUCUCGCUCCGGCUGCCACCUCCUGGCCUCGUCUGCCCGGGCUCGACCGUCCACCCCGCCAUCCGCCUCCGAGGCGACGCCCACUACGAGCGCAUCACGCUCCGCCUCGUCGCCGAGAGUCGCGUCAACGUCAUGGGAAAGGCACGCUGGCAAGCCGGCGCAGCGGCCAACGUCGGCAUGGGCGCUCCUGGCGGCGGCAUGCCCAUCACGACGCCCGAGCGCUUGACCUUCCUCGACCUCGACAUCCCGCUCCUGUCGACCGCCACCUCGGCUCGGCCCGACAAGAAGGCGUCUGCAUCCUCGACGGCGGCGUCAUCGCCCGGCGAGGGCUUGUACGAGGUCGCCGUGCCGUUCCCGCCCGAGGGGCAGAUCCUCCCGGCUUUCGCUCAGAAGGAGUACGACGCAGGCGAGUCUCCCGGCGUCUCGGUCGUGUGGUCGCUCGAGCUCGAGGGGACGAGGAAGGGCUGGUACCGACAGAACGACAAAUUGUCGCUCGACCUGCCCGUCGUCUUCCCCUUGCCCCCCUCGGGUCCGCCCUCGCAGGCGACGAUGACCAAGCAGCUCAAGUUCGAGGGCAACGAGCCUGGCGGGUUGUCAACGGAGGCGACGAUCUUCUGCGACCCCCUCCUCACGUCGACCUCGUCCCUGCGCUAUCGCCUCCUCCUCCGCCCUUCCUCCCCGACCGCCAUGCACCUGCUCCAGUCCAACGAGCUCAAGCCGUCGGCCUCGAUCGCCCGCCAGAUCCGCACCGCGCCCAUCGCCAACCCGAACAGCGGCCGCGAGUUCGAGUGGGCCGCCGUGCGCCUCAAAGCGGGCGAGCUCGCGCCGGUCGCCGCUCGGGAGGAGGGCACGCUCGAGUGGGCCGGCGAGAUGGAGGUGCCCGAGGGCGAGUGCACGGUCGAGAGCCGAGGCCUGAGCGUCAAGUAUACGCUCACGUGUCACCUGCACUCGACCGUGUUUGCCAAAGCCGCCCUGCACGUCCCCCUCCCGAUCUUCCUCCCUUCGUCGCCCGUCGAGUUGUCGACGCCGGUCGGACUCGCUCGUGGGCCCGAGCCCGAGGCGAGCGGCCUCGCCGAGAUGCCUCGCGCCUCCUCCCCCGCCUUCAUCGCCCUCCUCCUCGUCGUCGCCCUGUGCAGCCUCGUCAGCUCGGGGAGCGCGGUCAACAUCUUCACUGCGCCGAACGGUUGCCCGACUGCUCUUGCCGCCAAAGGCGCGACCAACGGCGGCUCGUUCGGCCCCCGAGCGGCACCUGUCGCCGGUGUCGACUACAACUACUGAUCGCUCCCUCCUGCGCAUCUCCCCUCCUUCGACUUUCGCCCUGCCGGCUCUCGCCCUUUCUAUAGCACCUUUGCAACCCCGGAGCGCAUCUGUAACGUUACGCGUUCCCCAUGU